GGGCGCAGCCGGGCCGGUGGAGCCGGUGCCAGGCGAAGAUGGCGUACCCCGGGCAGCCGGCGCCCGGCGGGUUCUACCAGGGCGGGUAUGGAGGAGCUCCAGGAGGACCAGCAUUCCCUGGACAAGCUCAGGAUCCUUUGUAUGGUUAUUUUGCUGCAGUAGGAGGGCAGGAUGGACAAAUAGAUGCUGAUGAGCUACAGAGAUGUCUCACCCAGUCAGGGAUUGCAGGAGCAUAUAAACCUUUCAACUUAGAGACUUGCAGACUUAUGAUCUCAAUGCUGGAUAGGGAUAUGUCUGGCACACUGGGAUUUAAUGAGUUUAAAGAACUCUGGGCUGUGGUCAAUGGCUGGAAGCAACACUUUGUAAGUUUUGACAGUGAUGGAAGUGGCACAGUGGAUCGUCAGGAACUGGAGAAAGCUUUGAUGAAUAUGGGAUUUAGACUGAGCCCACAGGCUGUGACUGCAAUCACAAAGCGAUACAGCACUCAAGGAAAGAUUGCAUUUGAUGAUUACAUUGCCUGCUGUGUGAAACUCCGAGCUCUCACUGAAUGCUUUAGAAGAAGGGAUGUAACUCAGCAGGGUUUUGUGAACUUCCACUAUGAUGAUUUCAUACAGUGUGUUAUGAGCAUUUAAAUCAAAAGGAAGCAAGCCGUGGAUGGUCAUGAUUUAACAUUCCAGUUUUAUGAGCAUCUUAAUCAAAAGGAAGCAAGCUGUGGAUGAUCAUGAUUUAACAUUCCAGUAUGUGUUUUGCUUUGCCAAGUUCUCCAAUGAUUGUGUAUCUCAAUAUUGGAAAUUGCAUAUUUUAUGAAGGCAUCCCUUUUCACACAUUUUUUAGUCUUGAUAAUGAAUAUGAACUACUCAUGUACUGUUGUCUUUAACUUCCAGUCUGUGAUUAUUAAAGUUGCUUUUAUUUUCAUAAACUUGCAAUUCAGUAUGUAUAGCUCAGAUCAUGGAAAUGGUAAGAUUUCUCAGUCAUGUGUCUACUUUUUUCCCAUGACUCACUAAAAUCAGUUUCUGGAAUGCAACUUAACAUUUUCCGACUAAACAGUAACGUGUAUGACUUAAGAGCAUACAUAUUUUCUUGUCUUUGACAAUGUAAGACAAAUGUACAAAAAAGGGAUUUUAGAGUGGUCAUUUUGCACUGGUCUGUUAAAACAUCAGUAAGUUUUGGUUACUUACUUUGUCAGCUCUUUUGAAGAUGAAGCCUUUGACACCAUGCACUGAGUGUGAGACUACCUGCUAGAACUUCUAAGCAGGGAUGCAACAAAACAUAGCAGAAAACUCUUCUAGCCUUGUGCCCUAGUACAGGGGGCUUUGUCCUUGUAAGAUUCUUGCUUUGUUUGUGUGACUACAUAAAACACUUUUAAACAUAAAAAA